CCUCGCUCUGUUGGGCAAUUAAUAGUUCUAUCACAGUUUCUCCAACACAUCGAGUGAGAUUAUGUGCCCUUGUUGCAUUGUCUGGUUUUUUUCUUUCUCCGUCAACAAGUACUAUGGCUAAUGUUGGUUUUAAUUUGCGAAAUGGCUUGGUUAACUCAAUAACCAUAUUUCGAAUGAUUACUCUGUAUGCCCAUGACCCAGCCCAGCCAGGCAAGAUUCGGUUGAUUUACUAGAUCUGGCAACACGGCUGGAAGUUUGACCACCCUGUUGUUGUACCCCGCGAAUGGCAACGGCCUUACUCGGAGUUAAACCCGGCGAUUAGUUUAGGUCCAUCGGUGUCUCGAUGCGUGGCAUUGGGCUGGAUCGUCACAGACUCAAAAGGCUGGUCCUGGGGCCAAUUCUUGAUGUACAUAUACCCAAGAGGGUUUAGAGCUGGUGAAACUCGAUGACUGAUAACUGUAGGUAUGAUGUCAUCAGCAAACAGACAUGCGGACUUUACUGCCAAUGGAGGUGACGCCUGUCGUCCUCAUCGUGCCUGGCCUAGUCCGGAAUUCAUCUAGUGAAGAAGGAAGGAGUGGCCGAUAUCAGUUGCACUUCGCCUUCCGCCUUGACACUUUUGCAAAAUCUGAAGUCACCUUCACCUCCAAAUUUGUUCGUCAAUCAAAUUACACUCGCUCAUACCAACCUAUACACCCGAUCCUUGAAAAAAGAGUUCUUCUUAGAACAGCAAAUCUCUUGUCAUCAGCAUGUCGGCCCUACCUAUGGCGGCUCCCCCCAAGAGCCCUCUAGCUCGUUACCGCAUUCUUUCCCCUACAGCCUCUGUCCGAGUAAGCCCAUUGUGCCUGGGUGCCAUGAACUUUGGCGAUGCCUGGAAGGGGUACAUGGGAACUUGCGAUCAGAAGACCGUUGGAGAGAUUCUCGAUUUCUUCUAUGAGCAGGGUGGCAACUUCAUCGAUACCGCCAACAACUACCAAUUUGAAGAGUCUGAAGCCUGGAUCGGCGAAUGGAUGAAGAAGAGAGGUGUUCGCGACCAGAUGGUUAUCGCGACCAAGUAUACCACCAACUUCCAGGCUGGUCCCAACGCACCCAACAUCAUGGCCAAUUUCACCGGCAACGGAUCCAAAAGCUUGCAUGUCUCUGUCGAGGCCAGCCUGCGCAAGUUGCAGACGAAUUACAUUGACCUGCUUUACGUGCACUGGUGGGACUACUCCACGUCCGUUCCGGAAAUGAUGCAGUCUUUGAACAAUCUCGUCAUUGCCGGCAAAGUUCUGUACCUUGGGAUCAGUGACACUCCAGCGUGGAUUGUGAGCAAAGCAAAUGAGUACGCCAGAAACCAUGGACUUCGCCAAUUCUCAGUCUAUCAAGGCCGGUGGUCUGCUGCUUCGCGAGACUUCGAACGAGAGAUUAUCCCGAUGACCAAGUCCGAGGGUAUGGGCUUGGCACCCUGGGGUUCUCUUGGGGGCGGGGCCUUCAAGACGGAGGAGCAACGUAAUUCCCAAGAGGGCCGCAAAGUCCAAGCAAGUGAAGCACAGAUCAAGAUCAGUCAGGUGUUGGAGAAGAUUGCCAACAACAAGAACACCAUCAUUACCAGUGUUGCUCUGGCGUACGUCAUGCAAAAGGCACCGUACGUCUUUCCCAUAGUUGGCGGUCGCACUCUCAAUCACCUGAAGCAGAAUAUCGAGGCACUUGCCUUGAAUCUGACCGAUGAGGAUAUCAAGGAGAUCGAGGGGGCCGUUCCGUUCGACAUGGGCUUCCCCCACAACUUCUUGUGGGGAGACAAGGUGCCGUCGAAUCCCGGUGAAGUGUGGUUGUUGAACAUGGGAGGAACCUUCGACUACGUUCCCGAGCCCAAGGCAAUCGCACCCAGAGAGGGGGGACAGUAGAACUGGCGAGUAAGGACUCAGCGGAAAAGGUGGCAGCCUACGGACUUUUAAGCCUUGUCGCUGGACAGGCUUGUGAAACCCUCUUUUCAUCGAUGCUGCUUAGUGUAAUAUUAUAAUCUCAAUCUGAAUCGCUACGGUUUAUUUGUCCCU